AUGGUCGCCAGCUCCAGGCCUGGCGUUUCUUCUGCCCCACAACACUCAUCCUCCCCGCCCAUCAGUUCCGAUAUCGUUUCCGAUGCCGGAGUCGGUCAGAAUUCAGCAAAUUCACCAAAUCAAGUAGAAGCCGUCGAGGAAUACUUAAACAAAGUGGUAUACAGAUUUCGGUUCUUGGCGUUUAUGGGAGUUUUGGGGUAUUUGAUUGGGUCAUUUCUUUGUUUCAUCAAGGGUUUGGAGCAGCUUCACUGGGGGACUACUUCAGUAACCGAAACCUUUCAUACAAGCUCCCUAGCCCUUUCAUCAGCUUCAGAUGUUGACACCACAACACCAGUAACUUAUGCUUGCUCAUCAAAAGAUGACAUCACCGUCUGUUGCCAAUGA